CCAUCAAAGAAAUUAAUUGCUAACUCUGUAGGCCAAGACUUGUAUAUGGAGUGCUACCUCAAAAAUUAGCUGGCAAUAUGAACUGACAGGAAAUGGUAUCCACAUUGAUAACAAACACUGAUCGCCUCAUCUUCCAUCUCAAAAGACUGCCUGUUCAAAUAGAAGAAGUUUUAAUCAUUUAAAUGAAGGCCAGGAACAAGCUGAGCCAUGUUUGUGAAGUUUGCUUCUCCUGCACUGGUUGAAGAGUAAAGCAAAGAAAUUAAAAAAAAAAAAAAGUCCCUUGCACUUUAAGUGUGGGCAUGUAGAAUUUGUAGCACCUUCAUCUACUUGUAAGCUAAGCCAUGCCCACAAAUCCCUUAAUUUUCAAACUAAUGUGCACUUAUAAAUUAAAACCCAAUUUCUCCAUUAGAUUUGUACAUAUCAACCAAAUCUUGCGGAACAACCAGAACAGAAAAAGAAAACAUGGAUAAAUUCUUCUUGGUUUCCAUUUUUGGUUUGCUAAUAGCUGCGCAUGCAGCUGCAGGAAACAUCGUACUUGACAAUAUCGUCAUGCUUGGAGAGCUUGAGAACCUGGACAUUGAAGAAGAUGAUGAAGUGGAACUUUUUGAUAUGCCAUAUAUGAUAAGUACCCGUGGUAGCAAGGUGCUUGUAAAUGUGGAUAGCUUUGGUGCUGUUGGAGAUGGAGUGGCUGAUGACACCCAGGCCUUCAGAAAUGCAUGGAACACAGCCUGCUCCACACCACACUCAGUUUUCUUGGUUCCUUCAGGAUGCCGUUAUUUAGUUAAUGCAACAAGAUUCCAGGGGCCAUGUGCUGACAGAUUGAUCAUUCAGAUUGAUGGAACUAUAGUUGCCCCAGAUGAACCUAAAAACUGGGAUCCAAAUCUCCCACAACUCUGGCUUGUUUUCUCAAAGCUGAAAGGGGUCCUUUUCCAAGGGGGUGGAGUCAUUGAUGGCUCAGGCAGUAAAUGGUGGGCUGCGUCCUGCAAAAAGAACAAGUCAAAUCCUUGCAGAGUGGCACCAACAGCAUUGACAAUAGAUUCAAGCUCAGCUGUAAGGGUAAAUGGCCUUACCAUUCAGAACAGCCAACAGAUGAAUUUUGUCAUUUCCCGAUCUCAAUCUGUGAGAAUAUCUGAAGUACUGGUCUCAGCUCCUGGAGACAGUCCAAACACUGAUGGAAUCCAUAUCACUGGUUCUACUAAUGUAAUACUUCAAGACUGCAAGAUUGGAACAGGUGAUGAUUGCAUUUCAAUUGUCAAUGGUAGCUCUGCUAUCAAAAUGAAGAGAAUUUAUUGUGGACCUGGACAUGGAAUCAGUAUCGGAAGUCUUGGGAAGGACAACUCAAUAGGCAUAGUCACAAAAGUGGUCUUGGAUACAGCAUUCCUUAGGGACACUGCAAAUGGCCUCAGGAUUAAGACUUGGCAGGGAGGCUCUGGUUAUGUUCGUGGGGUACGUUUUGAAAAUGUCAGGAUGGAAGAUGUAGCAAAUCCCAUAAUUAUCGAUCAGUUCUACUGUGAUUCGCCAACAGCCUGUCAGAACCAGACAUCAGCUGUGAAAAUAAGUGAGAUCAUGUACCGGAACAUUACUGGAACUACAAAGACCUCAAACGCAAUGAAAUUCGCGUGUAGUGACACUGUCCCCUGCAGCAGCAUAGUCUUGAGCAAUGUCAACUUAGAGAAAAAGGAUGGAACAGUUGAGACCUACUGCAAUUCUGCCCAAGGUUUUGGGUAUGGCAUUGUGCAUCCUUCGGCAGACUGCCUAAGUUCCCAGGACAACAAAGAUGCUGAGCUAGCAGAAUCCAUAAUGGACAACAUUAGUUCCCAGGACAAUUAUGCCAAGCUAGCAGAAGUCAUGACAGACGGUACUCACACUGAGCUCUGAGAGCUUCUAUUCCUAUAGCCACUGAAAUAAUUAAGUAAGAGAAUAUUAAUCUGGGUAGAUAAUACUAGUGUAGGUUGAUGAGGCUUGAGGUGACCAAGUAAACAUUUUUAUGGAAAGUCAUGGAUGCUAUGUACCAUACACAGAAAACAAAAGGCGGUUAUAAGAUGCAGUUAUAUAUUAAAGAAAACAAUGAAUUAAUACUUUA